UUUUCGCCUUUCCGGUCGGGUCGUCACGGUCGGUUCACCCCAACAGUCGACAUCACCGCUAUCUCAUCUCUUCCUUCCCGUUUCUAGACCAGGUUCGUCCGCUUCUGGGCUGCACCUCUCUUUUCUCUAUUCCCCAGUGUCACUAUUCACCUGUUUUGUGCCUCUCCUCUUGCUUGGCUUGGUGUCUUGCUUUGCUCUUCGUCCAAGCCGCCUGCCCUCAGCAGACUCGCUCUGCCAAGUGACUACGCGCCGGGAUUCUCCCUGCACCUUGUUCUUUGGUGAUUUUGCCAUCUCUCUAGCAGCAUACAUUGCCUACUGCCUUCACGCCCCUCCUGCCCCCCUCUUCUUUCACAAACACUCUUUAUUCAACACACUUCCUCGAGGGAAUGAUCUCAUCGAUCUAUAACUAACCCGGAUACCGACCUUUAGUCUGCUCAACACCUUACUCACACAACACGACGGCGUGUCUAAUUCAUCAAAAUGACGACAAUGGAUCUACGUGUCGGUAACAAAUACCGUAUUGGACGGAAGAUUGGAAGUGGUAGUUUCGGUGAUAUCUACCUGGGCACCAACAUCAUCUCUGGCGAGGAGAUCGCCAUCAAGCUGGAGAGUGUCAAGGCCAAGCACCCCCAGCUCGAAUAUGAAGCCCGUGUCUACAAGUCUCUUGCCGGUGGUGUCGGUAUUCCUUUCGUUCGCUGGUUCGGCACUGAAUGUGACUACAAUGCUAUGGUCAUCGAUCUUCUUGGUCCUAGUUUGGAGGACCUGUUCAACUUCUGCAACCGCAAAUUCUCCCUGAAGACCGUGCUCUUGCUGGCCGACCAGCUCAUUUCUCGCAUUGAGUACAUUCACGCCAAGUCCUUCAUCCACCGUGAUAUCAAGCCCGACAACUUCUUGAUGGGUAUUGGUAAGCGUGGAAACCAGGUCAAUGUGAUCGAUUUCGGUCUGGCCAAGAAGUACCGCGACCCCAAGACUCACUUCCACAUCCCGUACCGUGAGAACAAGAACCUCACUGGAACUGCUCGUUACGCCAGUAUCAACACUCACUUGGGUGUUGAGCAGUCCCGCCGUGAUGAUAUGGAGUCGCUCGGAUACGUUAUGCUCUACUUCUGCCGUGGUACCCUUCCCUGGCAAGGCCUGAAGGCUGCUACUAAGAAGCAGAAGUACGACCGUAUCAUGGAGAAGAAGAUGACUACCCCUACUGAGGUUCUUUGCCGUGGCUUCCCCAACGAGUUCUCCAUCUACUUGAACUACACUCGUUCCCUGCGCUUCGAUGACAAGCCAGACUACUCCUACCUUCGCAAGAUUUUCCGCGAUCUGUUCGUCCGCGAAUCAUUCCAGUAUGACUAUGUUUUCGACUGGACCGUCUACAAGUACCAGAAGAAUGCUGCCAUGAUCGUGGAUGCCAACAAGAAGGACAAGGAGGCUGAAGAGCAGCAGCGCCGUCAGGGUGUUGCUGCUGCGGCGCCCAUGGGCACCCCCGGUGCUGCCAAGCCCGGUGCCAUCUCCAGCCAGCGCCGUAAGGUCAUCGAACGUGGAACUCUUGACAACACGCCCGAAACCAACCGGGCCGUGGGAGGGAGUGACAGGAUUCUUCGGCGUUAGGCUGCGUUCUGCUUCCAAGGUUGCUGCUUCAGGUGCUUAUGGCCCUGCCGGUAGCCGCGCGAAGCGGGACGAUGGG